AUGCUGGCCGUGUCGGUGCUGGCGGCGGUGCGCGGCGGCGACGAGGUGCGGCGCGUCCGCGAGAGCAACGUCCUCCACGAGAAGUCCAAGGGGAAGACGCGCGAGGGGGCCGACGACAAGAUGACCAGCGGGGACGUGCUGUCCAACCGCAAGAUGUUCUACUUGCUCAAGACCGCCUUCCCUAACGUGCAGAUAAAUACGGAGGAGCGUGUGGAUGCAGCUGAUCAGGAGGUGAUCAUAUGGGACCGUAAGAUCCCCGAGGACAUCUUGAAGGAAAUAGGUGCCCCUAAGGAGGUGCCAGCAGAGAGCGUGACUGUCUGGAUCGAUCCACUGGAUGCUACACAGGAAUAUACAGAGGAUCUUCGAAAGUAUGUCACUACUAUGGUGUGUGUGGCUGUGAACGGUAAACCUGUGCUAGGAGUGAUACAUAAGCCGUUUUCGGAAUACACAGCUUGGGCCAUGGUGGACGGCGGGUCAAAUGUGAGGGCCCGCACUUCCUACAACCAGAGGACCCCGAGCAUCGUGGUGUCGCGCUCCCAUUCCGGAAUGGUCAAGCAGGUUGCUCUUCAGACCUUUGGGAACCAGACUACCAUUAUCCCAGCUGGUGGCGCUGGUUACAAAGUUUUAGCACUCCUAGAUGUGCCCGAUAAGAGUCAAGAAAAAGCCGAUCUGUACAUCCAUGUGACGUACAUCAAAAAGUGGGAUAUAUGUGCUGGCAACGCCAUCUUAAAAGCCCUGGGGGGGCAUAUGACUACCCUGAACGGUGAAGAAAUCAGCUACACUGGUUCCGACGGCAUUGAAGGAGGGCUUCUUGCUAGCAUCAGAAUGAACCACCAAGCUCUGGUCAGAAAACUCCCAGAUCUAGAGAAGACAGGACAUAAAUAAGCAAAGCUCGUGACGGGUCACAGCUCCUCCCGGGCUGAACGGUCAGCUGAAACGCUGGGGGCUUCAAACCAUCGGUGGAGACUAUGCAUGGUUAAGGCCAUCCUGAACUUUUUAAAGUAUUUAUGAAGCAUCAGAGACUUAUUUUCCCUGUAAUAAGUAGGAUGUAGGAUCAGGGAAAAUGGGCUGCUUCGUGUCUCAAGUGUGUCUUUAUUUCUGAGACUAUUUUCGUACAGUUGUCAUACACAAGGCGCAUAUCUAUAUAUUUGUGAAUUAAAAUCUAUAGCUGAGUACAUUGUUAUGAGACACCAUUUUCACACAGCAUCAUGAAUCUUCACUAUUUGUUAGUACUUUCAUAUAGAAUUGGGCUGAAGAAAGGAUUGAUUUUUGUGUAGAUUUAAUAAUCACCUUAAAAUUGUAUCUCAUUGAAAAUAAUUGGGGGUUCUUACCCCUAGUUCAGAUAGAAAGCACAAGAAGCCACACAUUUGUUAAUAUGCAACAAAUGUUCUAUUUAUCUGUUACUGAAUAUUUCUUAAGGAUUAAAAUAGAAAAAGCUGAAAUUGUUUUCUUUCUUUGAAAUUUUAAUAACAGGUUCACCAGCGAGUCGAGAAUCUAGCUAUAUAAUUGUUGCGUUGCGAUUGUAGUUUCUGGGUGUGUGGUUUUGUUUUGUUUUGUUUUGAUACAGAAAAGUGUAUUUGUACCUCUAGGUUCAACACUUCUGCCAUCUUCCUGUUGAUUUCCGUUUGCUCUAAGGGUGGAGGUUCUGUCCUUACCCUCCUGACCAACAUUUAGUCUUUAACUUGUAAGGUCUGGUGUAAGGUUUCAGGGUUCGCACUAGGAUUUUGGUACAUUUGCUCAUUUGGGAUAAAUGAUGCCCUACAAGAAUAUAAAUGAUUCUCUUAAUUGACUUAUUUGGUAAUUACAUGAAUGAAGCUAGCUUUCAUUAUUUUAAAACACCUUGUUUUAAUACUUUUAAAAAAAUUUGCUGGGUUUUAUGUAGAGAUUCUUUCCUCAAGAAUGAUUUAUGGUUGCUUUUACCAUUAGUAAAUGGAUCUAACCUAACUAAACGCUCAAAAGUAGUAACUUUUAAGAUACUUGAAAGUUUCCAUUCAGAUUAAAAGAAUGAUGGUUAUGUUACUUUUUGAUUACUUUUUUAAAAUUCGGUAUGCAAAAUCCGGUUGGAAGAAACGUGGUAGAGUAUUCGCGGAGUCGCUCUACCUAGACCCUUGCGUCACGAGCUCUCACGGGGAUGCUGAUUUCUCUCUGUGUAAUAUCUGGAAACUGUGUAAACAAAUACUGUUAUUUCAUGUGACUUUGUAUUUUAUAAUAUACCGAUAAAGGGGAA